UUCCCUCAUUGAUGCAAGGGAAACUACAUUGUACCUCUACUUUUUCCAUUGUUAACGUUCCUUGUUAGAUGAUUAAUAUUUAAAUUGUCACAAUCACAUGAAGGCUACAUCUUUCCUUCCACACAUAGUCCACACCAUACGUUUCAACCUUGAGCUUCAUCAAAGCCCAUAAUAUAAGAAGCAAACUCUCCAUUCUCAACCAUAUCACAACAUUCAACAUACAAUGGCUGCAAUUUUCUGGGCUUUGGCUAUAAUAAGCCUCUGCUGCAAGCUAGAUUGCAAUGCUCAAGCACCAGCAACUGUGCCGGUAAAGUUGCCACCUACAACUUUGCCACCUACAACCCCAACUGCAACAUCUCCAUCUUCCAGCACGCCACUGGCGGUAACACAACCACCCACAGUGGUGGCAUCCCCUCCCACCACGAGUACACCACCAACCACAUCCCAGCCACCUGCAAAUGUAGCUCCCAAACCUGCUCCUGUGAAACCAUCAGCUCCCAAAGUUGCACCUGCUUCAAGCCCAAAAGCCCCACCACCUCAAAUUCCAAUACCACAACCACCAAAACCUUCACCGGUCUCACCACCCCCGCUACCACCACCACCUGUUGCGUCACCACCACCAUUACCACCACCAAAGAUAGCACCAACACCAGCUAAAACACCUCCAUCCCCUGCACCAGCAAAGGCAACACCAGCACCUGCACCCGCACCCACAAAGCCGGCACCAACACCAUCACCUGUUCCUCCACCGCCAGCCGCAACUCCAGCACCAGCACCAGUGAUAGAGGUACCAGCGCCAGCGCCAGCGCCAGUGAUAGAGGUACCGGCUCCAGCGCCUGCACACCAUAGGCAUAGAAGGCACAGGCACAGACACAGACACAGAAGGCAUCAAGCACCAGCUCCAGCUCCAACAAUUAUUCGCAAAAGUCCCCCAGCACCACCUGAUUCCACAGCAGAAUCAGACACAGCACCAGCACCAUCACCAAGUCUGAAUUUGAAUGCUGCGCCAUCAAACCACCAGCAAGGGAGAAAUAUAUGGGCAACAGCCGGACUUGCUAUAAUUGUUUUGCUGGCUGUCACUGGCUACAGCUGCUAGCAAGUGUCAUGGGUGACCAUGGAUUCACUAUAAUAAGUUAUUCGGUUUGCAAAAUAUAAAAUCUUUUCAAGUGCAUAGAUCUGAAUGAUGAGAAUCUAUACCUAUGAUUCUUUCCAUUUUUGUUGUUGUGAUCUUUGCUCAGAAAUAUUAAUGGAUCUGAAAUUUUGAAUGAUGGAAAUAAUCAGAAAUGUCACACAAAUUCUAGUUUUAUAUGUUAUUACAUCAAACUUGAUCA